CGAGUAGUCUACGAUAUCAUAAAUAUUCAUAUUUGAGAAAACGUUGAAAACAGAAAGAAAGAAUGGGAAAUACACGAUAAAUAAAUUGGCAUCGUCAUCACACUUUACAAAAGGAGGUUCAACACAACACACUUUCUCUAUUCUUUAAAUACUUCAAAAUAAAAAAUCAGAGCUCACAUAGUUCCUGUCGCAACCAAAACAGAAAAGAGAAAUGGCAGGCGUUGAUCAUUUGGAUUUCGAGAGGAACAAAGCGCAAUUCGAUGUGGCAGACAUGAAGAUCGUUUGGGCUGGUUCUCGUCAAGAAUUCGAGCUUUCCGAUCGAAUUUCUCGCCUCGUUGCUAGCGAUCCGGAAUUCCGAAAGGAUAACAGAACCAGUCUUGACAGGAAGGAGUUAUUUAAAAACACGUUGAGAAAAACAGCUCAUGCAUGGAAAAGGAUCAACGAGCUUGGUCUUAAUGAACAGGAAGCUACUAAGUUUAGAUCUUUUGUGGAUGAGCCUGCUUUUACUGAUCUUCAUUGGGGAAUGUUUGUGCCUGCUAUCAAAGGUCAAGGCACUGAUGAGCAACAAGAAAAGUGGUUGCCUCUAGCUUAUAAGAUGCAAAUUAUUGGUUGCUAUGCCCAAACUGAACUUGGUCAUGGAUCCAAUGUUCAAGGGCUAGAAACAACUGCAACAUUUGAUCCCAAAACAGAUGAGUUCAUUAUUCACAGUCCCACAUUGACUUCCAGCAAAUGGUGGCCUGGUGGGUUGGGUAAAAUAUCGACACAUGCUGUUGUUUAUGCACGUCUUAUUACUGACGGUCAAUACCAUGGAGUGCAUGGUUUCAUUGUCCAGCUGCGGAGCUUGAACGAUCACUUGCCUCUUCCAGGCAUAACUGUUGGAGAUAUUGGAAUGAAAUUCGGAAAUGCAGCAUAUAACAGCAUGGAUAAUGGAGUUCUAAGGUUUGACAACGUACGAAUUCCAAGGAAUCAAAUGUUAAUGAGGGUUUCACAGGUCACAAGAGAAGGAAAAUUUGUACAAUCCAAUGUUCCAAGACAAUUAGUUUACGGUACUAUGGUAUUUGUGAGACAGGCAAUUGUAGCUGAUGCAUCAACUGCUUUGUCACGAGCAGUUUGCAUUGCUACAAGAUAUAGCGCUGUUCGAAGACAGUUUGGAUCUCAUAAUGGAGGUCUGGAAACACAGGUGAUUGAUUACAAAACACAACAGGCUAGACUCUUUCCAUUGCUAGCUUCUGCUUAUGCUUUUAGAUUUGUUGGUGAAUGGCUGAAAUGGCUUUACACGGAUGUAACUCAAAGAUUACAAGCCAAUGAUUUUUCAACAUUGCCCGAGGCCCAUGCAUGCACUGCAGGGUUGAAAUCCUUGACUACUUCCGCAACUGCUGAUGGCAUUGAAGAAUGCCGUAAGCUAUGCGGCGGUCAUGGUUAUCUUUGUAGCAGUGGUCUUCCCGAGUUAUUUGCAGUUUAUGUUCCUGCCUGCACAUAUGAAGGAGACAACACUGUGAUGCUUUUACAGGUGGCAAGGUUUCUUAUGAAGACUAUUUCUCAGUUGGCAUCUGGAAAUAAACCUGUUGGUACCACAGCUUAUUUGGGUCGAGUGGAACAAUUGAUACAAUAUCGCUCUGAUGUUAAAACAGCUGAGGAUUGGUUGAAGCCUAAUGUAGUGAUUGGAGCAUUUGAAGCUAGGGCUGCCAGGAUGUCUGUUGCUGUUGCUCAAAAUCUUAGCAAGUUUGCUAAUCCUGAAGAGGGAUUUCAAGAACUCUCAGCUGAUUUAGUUGAGGCAGCAGCUGCUCAUUGUCAGUUAAUCGUUGUUUCCAAAUUUAUAGAGAAGUUGCAGCAAGAUAUACCUGGAAAGGGAGUGAAACAGCAGUUAGAAGUUCUUUGCAGCAUUUAUGCUUUAUAUCUUCUUCAUAAGCAUCUGGGAGAUUUUCUUUCCACUGGCUGUAUCAAUCAAAAACAAGGAUCACUCGCGAAUGACCUAUUGAGGUCCUUGUAUUCUCAGGUUCGUCCUAAUGCGAUUGCGCUUGUUGAUGCAUUUAAUUACACCGAUCACUUGCUUGGUUCGGUUCUCGGGCGCUAUGAUGGAAAUGUUUAUCCUAAGUUGUAUGAAGAAGCUUGGAAAGAUCCUUUGAACGAUUCAGUUGUUCCUGAUGGCUUUAAAGAGUAUGUUCAACCAAUUCUCAGGCAACAAAUACGUAAUGCUAGACUCUAGAGUAGUAUUUUAUAAUUCGGCUGGUAGUACUAUUUUUAUUGAAAAUUGUCAAUAAAGUUGCAUGGAUGGAUAAAUAAAUGUAGAUGAAUACAUACGAGAGGAAUUUUGAUCAUAAGUUUAUUUUCAUGGUUAAUAGCAUUCAUGAGAAUAAGUAACAAUUCGGUGUAUCUGGCAUGGAACUAGAAAAAAAUCAUUAUUUAUUUAUUGAUACUUGAUUCCUUAUGUUUCAUUGA